AUGGACGGGACAUACUCAGUAAAAAGGUUUUUACCUAACACAUCGUUUGUUCGCGUUAGCUCCUUCGUGCUAGCUUCACACCGAUAUUUUUUGGCGGGUAAAUGUAUAAUCGUUGCUAGUGGUGGCAUUGGUGCAUUGUCAUUUUGUAUUGCCUUCCAUCGGUUACUCGAUGCCAAAGUCCAGCCACCACCAUCGAUUACUAUUUAUGAACGUGACACGGCAAUCGAUGCUGUUGGUCGUGAAGGCUAUUCAUUAUCGAUCCGUGGUGAUGCAUUCAGUGGAGGUAUGCAAACUCUACAGAAACUAGGUAUUCUUGAUGAAAUGAUUGCUGUGAGCAAUCCAGGAGAUUAUUUUACACUUUUUGAUAAGGAUUUUUCUCCGCUGGUACAAUUUCGAACACAACCUGUUGAAGGCUUACCGCAAUCAAACAUGCGUAUCGCGCGUUCAAAGCUACGAGAAAUUCUUAUAAAAAAUCUUCCUCCGUCCGUUAUUAUGAACUGGGACAAUGCAGUCAAAUCAGCACAUGAACUUGACAAUGGACAAAUCUCGAUUGAUUUGGCAGAUGGCUCACAAGAGAAUUGUGAUCUACUUAUCGUUGCUGACGGUUCAAAUAGUGUGGUUCGAAGAGCACUACGACCUGAACAUACUUGGAAUUUCAUAGGUGUUACUUCUAUUCUUGCACGUACGCAUGCUCUAGAUAAACUGCCUGCUCCCUUAGAGAAAACCUUUGGUGGUGCUAUUGGCGGCGAUGGACAUUUUGCUUUCGUUGCAUCAUCUGAUCAAACAAGUGCUCUGUGGAGCGUCAGUUAUUUAUGUGGCUCGCCUCGUGAAGCGAAAUCGGCUGGAACCAUGAAUGACAAUGAGAUCGAUGCAGUUUUAGCUGAAGUGAGAGAACGAACGAAAGUAUUUAGUGAACCAAUUCGUACAUUGAUAAACGAAACAUUGCGAAGUAGCGUUGCUGUAUUCAAUGCUAAAGAUAUUGUUCCUUUUCGAAAUCAUGGAUCGGUUAUUUUUAUCGGUGAUGCUCAGCACUCAAUGAGUCCAUUUGCUGGCAAUGGAGCAAAUAUGGCGAUUAUGGAUGGAUAUCAGCUUGCAGACCAAUUAAUUCAUGCUAAAGAUUUGAGCACAGCCGUUAGAGUUUAUGACGAUUUAAAUAUUCCAAGAUCGAAACGUGCCAUUGACAUUAGCCAUCGAAGUAUAACUAUAGGACAUUCACAGGGAAUAUGGAAAUACAUGUGGGUUGGAAUAGCUCGAAUACUUGGAUGGUACUUUGGUCUAAGUUACACAGACACUGAAAAAUCGAACUAG